AUAAGUCGUCGGAAGAUGAAAGAAGAUACGGUACCGUACAGGACGCCUGUGAUGUAAAAGGCGUAUAUACAGUUGCGGUGUGACCUAAAUAUUCGUGCGCCAUCGGUUCUCGUAUUAUUAAUAGGUUGUAUUAGAUGGCUCGUUCCCUCGCUCUGUUUUUCCCUCUAGCUAAGCAAUAGACAUCAUGUCGGUUCCUAUCCCACAGCCUCCGGGUGUGCCCCUCCUAGGCAACAUCUUCGAUAUCAACCCAAGUAACACGUGGGAUUCGCUAAGGGUGCUAGCAGAGAAGUACGGAGAAAUAUUCCAGAUCAAGGUCUUAGGUCAUACUAUCGUCUUCGUAGCCGGCGCGGCCAUUGCGGAGGAGUUGUGCGAUGAGAAACGGUUCCGGAAGUACGUCGGCGGUCCCAUAGUUGAGAUACGGUACGCCGUACACGAUUCUCUGUUCACAGCCUUCGAAAAUGAGGCGAGUUGGGGUAUCGCGCACCGCAUCAUCGCUCCGAAGCUCAGCCCGCAAUCACUCGCAGAACAUUUCAUUGAGAUGCGAGACACUACCACUGAGCUUAUCACAAAGUGGAAAGGGCUCGGAACCGACAACAAGGUGUCCGCUAUCGACGAAUUGAACAGAUUGAACCUCGAAGCGACGACGUUGACUCUCUUUGGGAAGAAGUUGAACUGUCUCUCCGGGCCUGAGCAUCCAAUGAUAAAAGGGAUGGAGGACUCAACGUCAGAAGCGAUGAAGCGACCUAACCGUCCCAAGUUGAUGAACUGGCUACUCUACGGCAGCAAGUUCACUAAGGGCACGAAUACGAUGCGAACAUACGCGCAGGAACUGGUGAACUACCGAAAGGCAAAUCCGACAAAUCGACAGGACCUCUUAGCGAUACUAAUGAGCGCCAAGGAUCCGGAGACCGGCAUAUCCCUAACAGACUCGCAAAUCAUCGACGAGAUAGUCUCCAUGCCAAUCGGCAGCAGUACAGCGCCAGGACUGAUUAGCGCUGCAAUAUACUUCCUCCUGAAGAACCCGCAAGUUGUGACCGAUGCACGCCAGGAACUAGAUUCCGUCAUCGGUGACGGCGAGUUUCAAUUCGAGCACUUGGCACAGCUCAAAUAUAUCGAGGGAAUCAUGCGUGAAUCCCUUCGACUCUCAUUCGCAGCGCCGGGAUUCAAUAUUGAACCUAUACCCAGUGAUAGCAAGGCCCCCGUGCAGCUAGCCGGCGGCAAGUACCAAGUCGCACACGAUCAGCCCAUGAUUAUCGUCUUGGCAGGAGUCAACAGGGACCCGACUGUAUUUGAUAAACCUCUUGCCUUCAAGCCUGAGCGGAUGACAGGUAAAGCAUUUGAUGACCUCCCCUCUGGAGUUAAGAAGUGGUUUGGAAACGGGAAGAGAGAGUGCAUAGGGAAGCAUUGGGCUUGGCAAUUUAGUAUGGUUGUGCUGGCGAAGCUCAUCAAGGAGAUUGAUUUUGAGAGCGUUGAUCCGAGUUACGUGUUAGAACAAGAUGGUUGGUUUAACCUGAGACCUGUGGGCUUCCAGGUCGGAGUCAAGCCGAGGGUUAACUGAAGUUAUAGAGUGUUUAUUGAAAAGUACUGCAUGUAACUUCUGUCAUAAUUUAGGAUAAAGGGUAGCAAAGUGACUCGAUGUAUGUAAUGUGUG